UAGUUCGUGGAAGAGAAGAAAGUGAGUACGAAUGUAGUAUUGCUAUUACUAUAAUUUUAGUAAUACGGAGGAGAAAAACUUGAAAAUAAUUCUUUUUUGUGUAAUUUCGAAAAAAAGCACGUAUUCUAGUAUUGUAAUAAGAAGAUUUGCAAUUUUUACUAAGUAGGCCUACAGUACAAUUUGACCUGUUUCAAACUUAAACUGAAGUUAAACUUAAAGGUAAUCUUUCUAGACGCGUUAAGUUAGGCCUAACGUAAACUGUAAAGUGGUAAAGAAUAAGCCGAUUGAUCACUUUAAGUAAUUAAUGAGAUGGCCUAUAGAGGAUAUGGAGGACCUUGGGAACAGGGAGGCUCAUUUUUUGGAAUGAAUCCUAUGGGUGAAUAUGAUCGAUACAGGCAUCUUGGUGGACCAGGUAGUUCCAUGCGCUUUAAUGAGAUGGAUAGAAGUCGGUAUGGAAUGCAAAGAAUGAUGAACAAUGGAUUUGGAGGAAGGAUGGGACCAUCCAUGGGAUUUAUGGCCCCAGGGCCUGCUGAUUUCCGUAUGAGUGAAAGAGACAGAAUGGAUGGUUUCAGAGACCAGAUGCCAAGGAAAAGGUUUGCUCCUAGCAGCCCUGGUGGUGGGCCACGUAUGAAGCGACAGAAUUUUAGUGGAAACGACAGACGCAAGAAUAGAAAGAGAAACAAAGGAGAUGAUACUGAUGCUUCGCCUCAGUCUAAAGAACAAGAAAGUGGAAAGAAUACUGAGAAUACAGAGAAAACUGAAAGAAAGAAUUCAAAAGGCCAAAGAAUGCAAAGAGGCAGAGGAAGUCAGUCUAAUGCUCGUUACUGUUCAUUCUGCGAGUUUGUUUGUCAUACAGUUGAGACACUUCGAAGUCAUAUGAAAAGCCAGAACCACAAAAUGAACGUGGAAAGAAUGUUUAUGAUGGAUCCAGUAAGAGCCAAGGCUCUGGCCGGCCGCACGGAGGCCAUAGAACACCAGCAGAUGUUCGAAAUGAGGGACAGGGUCAGGUACCAAGGUACCCAAGGAGGGAGGAAAAGUGGAUUUUAUUGUACUGUGUGUGAGUGUGAAUUCGGUGGUAGUUUCCUGACCCACCGCCGUACUAAGGAACACAAGAAAGCACGUGAUAAAAAGUUCCCAAGAUGUGGACUUUGUUUCAAGACAUUCAAUGAUCCUGUGGAUUAUAAAAAGCAUGAGAAAACUGAAGAACAUAAGAAGAGAUUAGUACAGUAUGCCAUUAAGAAAGAACUGUUUGGCUCAGAUGAUGAUGUUUUUAUAAGCAUUGAUGCUUCAAGAUUUUUUGAAGAUGAAAAGGAAAAGGAGAAUGAAAAACAGCAAGAAAUCGAAAAAGACAAAAGUAAAGAAAAUGCAGAUGGAAAAGAAGAAGAAAAAGAGGCAAGUGAAGCAAAAGAUGACAAUGCAGAAGCAGAGAAAAGUGAAGAAAAUCCCGAGAAUGAAGAAGAAAAAACUGAAGAAAAAGAAGUUGAACCAGUUGGUCAGACAUAUGUUGUAGAGAUACAUGGAUAUUUCUGUAAAGUUUGUCAUAAAUUUUACAAAGAUGAAAAUGUUGCCAAAGUUAGUCAUUGCAGGAGUAAAAUGCAUCAUGAAAGGCAUGAGAAACUCCUCACUGCCAUUGAGAAAAAGGAAGCAAGGAAGAAGGCAGCUGAAGAAGCUAAGAGAAGGGAAGCAGAAGAAGCUAAGAGAAGGGAGGCAGAAGAAGCUAAGAGAAAGGAGGCAGAAGAAGCUAAGAGAAAGGAGGCAGAAGAAGCUGAGAGAAGGGAGGCAGAGGAAGCUGAGAGAAAGGAGGCAGAAGAAGCUAAGAGAAGGGAGGCAGAAGAAGCUGCCGCUCGAGAAGAAGAAGAAAAGAAAAAGGUUGAAGAAGAAAAGGCUGAAGAGGCUAACCAAGAAGAACAAGUUGUUGAAGAUACUGAUAUCAAAGAAGACGAAGAGCAGGAAAUUCAAGAUGAUCAAAAAGAGAAAGAAAAAAUAUCUGUAGUUGAAAAUCCGGAGGAAAUGGAAAAGACAGAUGAAAAUGUAAUAGCAAAAAGUGACACCCAUUCCUUGAAACAACCAACAAAUGUAUCAGAUACUUCACCUAUGGAAACUGAUAAAAAGGAUAACAUCUCUCCAGAACUCCCUGAAGCGAAUGAAGAAAGUACUGAAUUAGCAGUUACCAAAACUGCUGAGAAUGAAGAAGAAGAGGAGGAGGAGGAAGAGGAAGGUAACGAGGAGGUCAACACCAGCAAGGAAGUUACUCCUUCAGCUACCACUAGGAGUAGAUCUAGGGGACGAGGUCGAGGCCGUGGGCGGGGAAAGAAACGGUCGUAAAGGCAAAACUGGUUCAUCAAGGUCCUCUUUGAGCCUACUCUUAUUCUUGAAAAAUUAAAAAGUUUUAUGUGCUUCAUCUGAAUAAUUUGUUUUUAUCACUUUUAAUUAACUUGUGUAAUUUAGACUGUCUUAAACGUUGAAAUUGUUAGUUGUGAACCACUGUGUCAUGGGAAGUUGAGAGACGAAAAAUAACAUUCUUGUAUCUGAUUAUUGUAUCUUAAUUUGUGAAGUACAGUAAAAUUAUUCUGUAGACUU